AUGCUCUACACUCAUGCUUCAAUCAUCACCGUCAAUAAGGACCGCGAAGUGAUUCUCGACGGUGCAAUCCUCGUCAAGGAGGGCUCCACAACCAUCGACGAUAUUGGGAAAACAGAACCCCUGUUGGCUAAAUACCCCAACGAACCAAUCACUGACUUGACUGGCCACAUCAUCAUGCCCGGUCUCAUUUCAUUGCAUGUCCACUUGGCUCAGUCGUUGCUGCGAUCGGCGGCCGAUGAUCUGACUCUAAUUCCAUGGUUGUGUGACCGUGUUUGGCCCAUGCAGGGCAAUUUCUCCGAGGAGGAUGGGUAUGUUGCUGCACAGCUUACCAUUGCAGAAAUGCUCAAAAGUGGAACAACAUGUUUUGUCGAAGCACUUUUUGCAGAACGUUACGGGUUUGGUGGAGCUGUCAAAGCAGUGGUCGAAUCUGGAAUCCGCGGCUGCUUAGGGAAAGUGGUCAUGGAUGUUCCACGCUACGCCACUCAAGACGGAGUUUCAAUGCACCCUGGGUUGAUUGAAGACGAGUCGUCGCUAGAUAAGGUUCUCGAGUGUCAUGCCAAGUAUGACGGUGCGGGUGAUGGUCGUGUCGAAGUCUGGUUCGGAGCCCGGACUCCUGGAGGUGUUUCGGAAGAGCUUUACACAAAAAUGUCUAAGAUUGCUCGCGACCGUAACAUUGGUAUCACCAUGCACUGUGCAGAAAUCAAGGCUGACCGCGAGUUUUUCGCAUCAAAAGGCCAUACCCCCAUGACAUACUGCAAGGAGUACGGAUUAUUGGGUCCUCGUACGGUGUUGGCCCAUAUGGUUCAUCUUGAUGACAAUGACAUUAAGCUUCUUGCUGGUUCUGGUGCAUCCAUGGCCCAUUGCCCUACCUCCAAUGCCAAGCUAGGGUCCGGCAUUGCUCGAGUCAAGGAGUGUCUUGAGGCCGGUGCCAUUGUUGGUAUUGGUUGCGAUGGCUGCCCAUGUAACAAUGUCAUGGAUCUUCUUCAGGAAAUGAAACUGGCGUCGCUAUUACCCAAAGCUAUCCAUUAUGCUCCAGAUCUCGUUCCUGCAGAAACUGUUAUUGAAAUGGCUACACGUCACGGAGCCCGGGCCAUUGGACACGAAGACUCCUUGGGAUCCUUGGAAAUCGGUAAGAAGGCUGACUUUAUUUCUAUCAACCUUUCAGAUAAGCUGUACGGCGUACCCAAUCGUGACCCGUGUUCGGCUGUUGUGUAUAUUGCCACAGGCAAUGAUGUUGAGACAGUUGUAGUCAAUGGUCAAGUACUUAUCAAAGAUAAGGUCUUGUUAACCAUGAACGAGGCAGAGAUUGUCAAGAAGGGACACAUUCACGGCGAACAAGUCCGUGAGCGAACAGGCGUCCCAAUGGGUGGUCGCUGGAAAAAGGUUUAA